GGGAAGGCCAAUUUGAUCGAGGAUUGGAGAGGAGGGAGAGGUGGAAUAAAAAGCUCGGGAUGGAUUUUGGAGUCUUUGUGCGAGCCGUAUGCGGUGAGAGUCGCACGUACGGUAAGGAGGGGGGUUCGCGUCUAUACGUGUAGUGUGGUGGUUGGGCCUACCCACCCUAUUUGUUCCAUGAUCUAUGGGUCUACUGGAGCUACCCACUUCGAUCAAUUAGCCAAGAUUUUGACCGGAUACGAAAUCACUGGUGCUCGAUCUAGUGGUAUUUUUAUGGGGAUUCUUUUUAUCGCUGUAGGAUUCCUAUUCAAGAUUACUGCAGUUCCUUUUCAUAUGUGGGCACCUGAUAUCUAUGAGGGUUCACCCACCCCGGUGACAGCAUUCCUUUCUAUUGCGCCUAAAAUCUCUAUUUCUGCAAAUAUGUCACGUGUUUCUAUUGUUGCUUCCUAUGGGGGUACAAUUCAACAAAUCUUCUUUUUCUGCAGCAUUGCUUCUAUGAUCUUAGGAGCACUGGCCGCCAUGGCCCAAACGAAAGUCAAAAGACCUCUAGCUCAUAGUUCGAUUGGACAUGUAGGUUAUAUUCGUACUGGUUUCUCAUGUGGAACCAUAGAAGGAAUUCAAUCACUACUAAUUGGUAUAUUUAUUUAUGCAUCAAUGACGAUAGAUGCAUUCGCCAUAGUUCCAGCAUUACGGCAAACCCGUGUCAAAUAUAUAGCGGAUUUGGGCGCUCUAGCCAAAGCAAAUCCUAUUUCGGCUAUGACCAUCCCCAUUACAAUGUUCUCAUACGCAGGAAUACCCCCGUUAGCCAGCUUUUGUAGCAAAUUCUAUUUGUUCUUCGCCGCUUUGGGUUGUGGGGCUUACUUCCUAGCCCCAGUGGGAGUAGUGACUAGCAUUAUAGGUCGUUGGGCGGCCGGAAGGUUGCCAUGAGUAAGGUUGGGAGAC